GCAAGAAUGGAGAGAGGAAGCGAAGUAGCGAACGAAUUCGGACAAAUUAUUGGUCUACUUGCAGGGCAGGGCUUUUAUGCUCCGCGUUCGACCCAUCAAGUUCUGUUUGUGUAGGGUUCCCAACUUCCCAUUCCCGUCUGCGGCUUCAUAAGCUUCACGCUCCUUUCAUUUUCUCUCUCCAUCUCUCGCUUUGCUCCCCAUCAGAAGAGAGCGGAGAGCCAUGAGCAUCUGCGCUAUCCGCCUCGACCCGGCUCUCACCUCCUUUGGCAGAAGGGGCGGCAAUGGCGGAAAUCGGGCGGCGGCUUCGGCGACAUCGCAGGUGUUAGUGCCGUGCAAGGGGCUUGCUUUGCAGGAGAGGGCUGCAGUGUUUUCUCAUGCACGCUCCUCACAGUGGCGCUUGGCGGCGGCUAUCGCCGCGGUGGAGGUUGAGAAAGGCGACAGCUUUGACAGGCUUGGAUCGUUGAGUCAGGUGACUGGCGUGCUGGGUUGCCAAUGGGGUGAUGAGGGCAAGGGAAAGCUUGUUGAUAUUCUCGCAGAGCACUUCGACCUUGUGGCUAGAUGUCAGGGUGGAUCAAAUGCUGGGCACACAAUCUACAAUGCUGAUGGCAAGAAGUUUGCUCUCCAUCUUGUGCCUUCUGGUAUCCUCAAUGAGAAAACUUUAUGUGUUAUAGGUAAUGGAGUUGUUGUCCACCUUCCUGGACUGUUCGAUGAGAUUGAUGGCCUAGAGUCUAAUGGUGUCUCUUGUGAGGGAAGAAUAUUGGUUUCUGAUCGUGCACACUUAUUAUUUGAUCUCCAUCAAGUUAUUGAUGGACUUAGAGAAGAAGAGCUUGGGCAUUCUUUUAUUGGAACAACUAAAAGAGGAAUUGGACCGUGUUAUUCGAGCAAAGUUAUCCGCAAUGGUUUAAGGGUUUCUGAUCUGAGGCACAUGGAUACAUUUAGUCAGAAGCUAGAGAUUCUAAUGAGGGAUGCAGCUGCACGUUUCAAGGGAUUCAAGUAUAGUGCAGAUGUACUGAAAGAUGAGGUAAAUAGGUAUAAGAAGUUUGCUGAACGUUUGGAGCCCUUCAUUGCUGAUACUAUUCAUAUCAUGCACGAAUCAAUAAAGAAGAAGAAAAAAAUAUUGGUUGAAGGUGGUCAGGCUACCAUGUUGGAUAUUGAUUUUGGAACUUACCCUUUCGUCACCUCUUCAAGUCCUUCUGCUGGUGGGAUUUGCACUGGGCUUGGUAUUCCUCCCAGAUGCCUGGGUGACUUGGUUGGAGUUGUAAAAUCUUACACUACUAGAGUGGGAUCUGGUCCUUUCCCAACUGAGAUAUUAGGUAAAGGAGGUGACAUGCUUAGGGUGGCUGGAAUGGAGUUUGGAACAACUACUGGUCGUCCUCGGCGUUGUGGAUGGAUUGAUAUUGUUGCAUUGAAAUAUUGCUGCCAGAUCAAUGGUUUAUCAUCUCUUAAUCUAACCAAGCUAGACGUCCUUUCAGAUUUUUCAGAGAUCAAGUUAGGUGUUACUUAUAAGCAAAUUGGUGGAAAAAUAUAUGAAUCAUUCCCUGUAGACCUUCAAGCUCUGGAACAGAUACAGGUUGAGUACGAAGUAAUGCCUGGUUGGAAAUGUGAUAUCUCUUCAAUAAGAAAAUAUGAGGAUCUCCCUCUGGCUGCUCGUCAGUAUGUGCAAAGGAUUGAAGAGCUUGUUGGCAUUCCAGUUCAUUACAUUGGUGUUGGUCCAGGCCGUGAUGCUCUCAUAUAUAAAUAGAUUUUGUUUUCUUGGUCAUAUUGUUUUUCUAUUGUAACCUCUGAUAAUUGACCAUUGUCGACAGAAAUAACUUGGUUUUCUGUUACAGAAGUUUUGAAUAAAUUUCUUUUUGCAGUAAUAUUA